UUUGGCACAUAGCUAGAAUGAUUCUCCAAGUCUGCCAGACUUGACAAGAGAAUAUACAAACAAAAGGUGUUGAAAACCCAUGCACGCUCCCUUCAUGGUCAGAGACCAGCAACUGCUUACCAACACUGGCAUUCAAAAGGGGUCAAAUUUCAGCAAAGUGAUGAUAUUUUUCUCUGUUUUUUAAAAGAAAAAAUUAACAAUUUUUUAAUAUAAUUUUGUUCUUUUUAGGAGAAAAAACAGAUCCUAUAUGCGCAAAUAAAGGAACCCAGGCCGUCCAAAGUUCCUCACAGAUCUCAUUUAACAUGUCUUGUAGCUGAUUCCCUGCUUCAUCUCCUGGAUCCUUGCACAUGAUGUCUCUUCUAGAUUCUAGAAUUUGCCCAUUCAUACUGACAGAAACAAAAUGAAAACGUUGUCGCCUACAAUUGACAAAACAGAGAAUUUGAGCCAUUGACUUGUGACAAAUAUCAAUGCCCGCACCAUAAAAUGGAAAACCUGGUUCAAACUAGAACAGGGUUGCCAUAGCUUUAACCGCCCAUAGAGAUAUUAAAGCCAUUUUGGGAUUUACAGAAGCUCUGCCACUCUUUCUCAGAGUACUUCAGCAACGGAGGGUGAGAGAGAGAUAGGGAAGAAGAGAAGAAAUGGAGAGCGGAGAGAUGAACAACUUCAUGAAGAUUUGGCUCUGCGUCGUCAUUUCUCUAAGCUACUGCUAUGCCAUAGGUAAGAUAAUCCCCAAAGGAACUGCUCGGCUUCUUUGUCUGCUACCUGUUGUCUGCCUGUAUGUUCUCCUCCCUCUCAAUCUCUCCUCCUUACAUCUAGGAGGUGCCACCGCUUUCUUCAUCGCUUGGCUUGGAAACUUCAAGCUCUUGCUUUUCGCCUUUGGCAAAGGCCCAUUAUCCCCACCGCUCUCUUUGCUUCGUUUUCUGGCUGUUGCUUGUUUGCCCAUCAAAAUCCUACACAACCCAACUCCAAAAUCACAUCCAAAUGGCCUUAACAAAGAAAACCCUUCUCUCAAAAAGACCUUAGACAGCCAAAACAAGGAAAUCCCAGGACCGGUCAAGCCUAAAAAAGGCCAGAAAUCACCAAUAAACUAUGCAAUAAAAUUUCUCCUGUUGGCAUUGUUGCUUCGUGCAUAUGACUACAGCGAGUAUAUCCACCCCACGUUCAUGUUGGUUCUGUAUUGUGGUCACGUUUACUUUUGUCUGGAGAUCAUCCUGGCCAUGGUGGCAGCCCUGGCUCGAGCCAUGUUGGGUCUCGAGCUGGAGCAACAAUUCAAUGAACCGUAUCUGUCAACUUCUUUGCAAGAUUUUUGGGGCAGGAGAUGGAACAUCAUGGUGACCAGCAUUCUACGACCGACCGUUUAUGAGCCUGUGCUCAACAUGGGCGCACGUCUCGUUGGUCGCAAAUGGGCUCCGCUCCCCGCCGUUUUCGGGUCUUUCGUCGUGUCUGCAGUCAUGCACGAGCUCAUUUUCUACUACCUGGGACGCGUGAGGCCCACAUGGGAAAUCACGUGGUUCUUUCUCCUCCACGGAGGGUGUUUGAUGGCGGAGAUUGCUCUGAAGAAGACAUUAAGGGACAAGUUGCGGUUGCCCACGGCGGUUUCUACUCCCUUGACCAUUGGAUUCAUCAUGGUAACCGGCUCCUGGCUCUUCUUCCCACAGCUUCUACGGAUCAAAGCCGACGAAAGGGCGCUUGAAGAGUACGCGGCUCUUGGCGCGUUUUUUAAGAAUGUAAGUGCGUUAGCCAUUACCACUUUCCAGUUUCAACUCUAAAAGCCUAAAUCAGGAUCUCUUCACCUCUUUCUUUAAAAUUAAAAAAUACAUAGUGGCAGUUUAUUGGGGAUUUA